GUCGGUCGUUAAGUUAAAGCACGGAUAUGGAAAUAAAGGUAUACUGAUUAGUAGAGGAGAAUAAGAAGAGUGUAUUGUCUGGAUCGAUCUCCUGGGGUAUGCCAUUACCAGGGAUCGAACCGCAGACCUGCCGUUAUGCCACACGCCUGAGCUUUGCCACACACGUGUUCUUCGUCGGAUCAGUGAUGAGAUUGUUGCUUGUGCGUCCGACGGCCAAGAAUCCAGAACGAUUUAACUUGUACGCCAUCGUUGUAGCCUUAAAGCAGGCUCUUUUUGCUUUAAGUUAACAUAAACAAACCUUUUCAGUGGAGCUCUGAAUUAGAGGCAGGGGAAGCUGGUUGUUGCAAAUGAAUCGGAAUCAGCAUCCGGAGGUGCAUUAUAUAAACACGGGUUUUCCUUACACAGUGACUGAUAGCUUUAUGGACUUGUUUGAAGGUCUCAGUUAUGUUCAGACCGAUUUCGCACUUGCCGAGGCGCUCCAGGAUCAGGAAAGUGCUUAUUGGUCACUUCAAACAUACACUGAGAAGCAGGGAUUCACAGGUUCUACUAGCAGUAACUCUCACCAACAUGGAAUGAGCACAAGGGAUAGCACUAGAGGUUCGGAUAACCAUUCACAUAUCAAUAAUGAUGAAGAAAUAGCACGUGUCUUACAAGAGACAGAGGAUCAUGAGGAUAUAACUGACAGGAUGGCAUCUACUCAUCUUGAAGAGUGCAAUAGAGGACAUCAUGUUGAAAGUAGCAGUAAUCAGAGUACAUGGCAAGACAAUCUUGAUCCAGAUAUUAUGACAUAUGAGGAAUUGGUUGAGUUAGGAGAGACGGUUGGAACUCACAAUAGAGGCCUUUGCCCGGAGUUGAUUGCAUACCUGCCAGUUUCGAAAUACAAGUGUAACUGCUUUAGGAGAAAGAAAAACAAUGAUCGGUGUGUGAUUUGCCAUAUGGACUACAAGAGAGGGGAUAAAUUGAUCACUUUGCCAUGCAAGCACCCUUACCAUGCAGAGUGCGUUACAAGAUGGCUAAAAAUUAACAAGGCAUGUCCUGUUUGUUAUGUAGAAGUUUUUGGGUCUGAAAGGUGAAAGUUGAAGGCAGCGCUAUCACUAUGGAGCUCAUAUAAAAGUUCUUAAUCAAAGAAACGAUGAACGUUGUUUUAAGUAACAAAUGCAUUCUGAUUUGAAGAUUGACAACAGGCUUGAAUCAAUAACUAUCACAGAAAUAUGUUCCUAAUCAGGCCUUAGAAUUUUCUACCAUAACCCUUUAAAUAAACAAGUGAUUUUUGUAAGUUAGCGGAAGGUUGAUGUGCAGGUAAUAUUGACCAGUAGGAUAGUUAAUAUGUAGAUUUCUCCUACUGUACAACUCUUGGCUUAAUACUAUGCUAGUCUAUAUUGAGGUCUGACACAUUUGGAGAACUAAGCCAUUGUUGAAGAAUUAAAAAGGGCAUAUUGCUGCUCUUUUCUUUCA